AUGCAAGCAAACCAGAAUUCAUCUGCGACCCUCACAUCCGACAAAGAGUUGGUGGGCGUAAACGGAAGAGUGUGGGCAUGGACGAGGUCCGCGUCUUCUUCUCCUUUCAUCGAGCAUUUGGCCCUUGCGGGGAUUGACCUCCUAGUGGCUCUCUUGAACCUCAUUCUGUUGGUUAACCUGAGGCCCCCUUGGUUUCAGGAGGCCAACGAAGAUGUGCGCGGUGAAGAGGUGCAACGGAGACUGAGUCUGGCAUAUGUGGCGACAUCAGCCAUCGUAACUGGCUUUCUUGGGAUUAUCCUGAAGGCUGUGGUGAUUGGGUGGUGCGUGAGAAAGACGGUGUUCAGGGUGCCACGGACCGGUGUUCCCGUGACUAUGAGGCUCUGCGGCUAUGAGUUACCUGCAGACUGUCUGGGUGGCUACAGUAUUAGCUUGAAGGCUGUAGGCUGCGUUUCAGCUGUAUGGGUGCUUUUGGGCGCCGCAUUCUUUCAGAUGAUGGGGGCUGCCCUUGAAGACGUCUUCUCUUCGGUGCUGCUGGGAGUAAUCUUCGCAGCUCUCGGCUCGGUAACCCCAUACUUUAAUGCUCUCGCGGAGGCUUGCCGCUCCUCACGGUGGAGAUGCAAUAGCACAGAAAACAUGCCAAAGAAGAUGGCCCCCGUGAGUGCUGAAGCAGCAGUGGAGCGAAGAGAAUCAGAAAGAGCAGCAGCAGCAGCAGCAACAGAAGCUCGAGAAGCAACAUCUGCAGAAACAUCAUCAGCAACACGCGGAGCAGCAACAGCAGCACCACCAGCGGGCAGUUCAGUUUUGGCUAUUCGGUCUCUGUGGGAGUCGGAGUACGGAGAAGCGUUGCCUGUGUGGUUUUGCAAGGUCACAUCGCUGGUGGAUAUCUUCAUCCGGCUGUUGGAUUUCAUUUGCUGUCCUUCGGUGCUUUUGCUUUUUUUCCUGCAACGGAUCAUGGCACUAAGGCGAGGAUGGGGGGCGGGGCCGUCUCCGGCUAUAGGCCCUCAAGGAUUGGCUUGUUUGUUGGUGUAUUUAAGCUCGGCGCCUCUGUUCAUUAGCUGCGCCGCCGGCCUUAUUUCCUGUUUGUUGCUGCCUAUGGACUGGCCCACUGUGUACAUCUUGUUCCCCGCCCCUGUGUUGGCGUCAGUUAGCCUUGUAUAUCCUUUUUCUUGUCUGAUUGCUUUCUCCUCUUGGUUGUUUUUGCCUUUCUGCUACGACGUCACUCCCCGCUACGGGGAGGCCUCUCCUUUUCUGCAGGAGAUGCUUCUCAGGUCCUUUUGCCACUCCGAAGAUGGCUUUGUAAACCAGACCGAAUAUCCCCCCCCUCAACCCCCACAGAGCAGGAGGAGAUCCAGACAGGACGCUGACGUGGCUUUGCAAACCAGAGAGGAAGCCCAAACCCCAGCAACAGGAUCUCCAAAACGCACCUCAGAAACAGCAGGAACAGAAGCAUACGCUGGACCAUGA